ACGAGAAUGAAUAUGACUCAAGCCCGGGUUCUGGUGGCUGCAGUGGUGGGGUUGGUGGCUGUCCUGCUCUACGCCUCCAUCCACAAGAUUGAGGAGGGCCACCUGGCUGUGUACUACAGGGGAGGAGCUUUACUAACUAGCCCCAGUGGACCAGGCUAUCAUAUCAUGUUGCCUUUCAUUACUACGUUCAGAUCUGUGCAGACAACACUACAAACUGAUGAAGUUAAAAAUGUGCCUUGUGGAACAAGUGGUGGGGUCAUGAUCUAUAUUGACCGAAUAGAAGUGGUUAAUAUGUUGGCUCCUUAUGCAGGUACCUGUGUCAUUGUUGGGUAAAACAAACAUGGGUUGUACCUCUCCUUCAGUGUUUGAUAUCGUGAGGAACUAUACUGCAGAUUAUGACAAGACCUUAAUCUUCAAUAAAAUCCACCAUGAGCUGAACCAGUUCUGCAGUGCCCACACACUUCAGGAAGUUUACAUUGAAUUGUUUGAUCAAAUAGAUGAAAACCUGAAGCAAGCUCUGCAGAAAGACUUAAACCUCAUGGCCCCAGGUCUCACUAUACAGGCUGUGCGUGUUACAAAACCCAAAAUCCCAGAAGCCAUAAGAAGAAAUUUUGAGUUAAUGGAGGCUGAGAAGACAAAACUCCUUAUAGCUGCACAGAAACAAAAGGUUGUGGAAAAAGAAGCUGAGACAGAGAGGAAAAAGGCAGUUAUAGAAGCAGAGAAGAUUGCACAAGUGGCAAAAAUUCGGUUUCAGCAGAAAGUGAUGGAAAAAGAAACUGAAAAGCGCAUUUCUGAAAUCGAAGAUGCUGCAUUCCUGGCCCGAGAGAAAGCGAAAGCAGAUGCUGAAUAUUAUGCUGCACACAAAUAUGCCACCUCAAACAAGCACAAGUUGACCCCGGAAUAUCUGGAGCUCAAAAAGUACCAGGCCAUUGCUUCUAACAGUAAGAUCUAUUUUGGCAGCAACAUCCCUAACAUGUUCGUGGACUCCUCAUGUGCUUUGAAAUAUUCAGAUAUUAGGACUGGAAGAGAAAGCUCACUCCCCUCUAAGGAGGCUCUUGAACCCUCUGGAGAGAACGUCAUCCAAAACAAAGAGAGCACAGGUUGAUGCAAGAGGUGGAAAUGUUCUCCAUAUCAAGAUGUGGCCCAAGGGGUUAAGUGGGAACAAUCGUUAUACGGACUCUUCAGAUUUACAGAGAACUUACACUUCAUCUGUUCCACCUCUCCUGCGAUAGUCCUGGGUGCUCCACUGAUUGGAGGAUAGAGCCAGCUGUCUGACACACAAAUGGUCUUUUCAGCCACAGUCUUAUCAAGUAUCCUAUAUGUGUUCCUUUCUAAACUGCUACUCAUGAAUGAGGAAAGUCUGAUGCUAAGAUACUGCCUGCACUGGAAUGUUAAACACUAAAUAUAUAACAAGCUGUGUUUUCCUAAGCUGAGAUCUGUUGAAUAAUGUUUACAUUGGUCCCCCGGGGAAAUGUAUGCUCAGCCACCAUUCAAGAGAUGACUGAGAAGGAGAUGGUAAGUUCAAGAAGACUGAUUGCACCUGGGACCCAGGCCCUUUCUUUGGGAUCCAGUCCCAGCCUUCAUCCAUGUGAUUAAGAUCCAGGCCGCUGAAGUUCCCCAGGAAAUGAUCUUCCACUUGAGCAACCUUUUACUUGAUACGAUUUGCACCUUUCUGUUUUCCUGCAGUCAGGGUGGUGGCCUGCAGGGACCUGAGCUUUGCUACCCAACCAGAUUCCUCAUAGAGAUUCCUAAUCACUAGUUUCUUGUAUUCAUAAACUCAGAGAUACAGAGGGCUUGGUUUGAAGUUUGGGGUGAGAUGAAACCUUUGCUCUGAGCCAAAGCUCUGGGGCCCUGCAUUCCCUCCAUUGGGUUGAUGACUGUCAGCAUCACUGCCGCAGGCCAUGCUUGACUAAGGUACCUGGUUUUAGCCACAGCCACCUCCUUGUAUGUUACCUUUCAGCUCUGGCCAAGAGUGGGACAGGGCUUUAACCACAAAUAGGAGCAGCAUGCAAUUCCUAGUGACUUGCUGCACAGUAUUGUAUCAUGAUUACAGGAAGUUUUUAUUUUUAAAACUGGAUCUGGGGUAUAUUCAUUUGCCCCAUCACCUCUGUCUAAAGGCCCAAGUCCUAGGGCUGCCAUGGUCACAAGCACACUGAUGAUCCUUAAGAUUGUUUAUCUGGAGCCCACAUAGUGUGGAACAAAAAGUCACCUAGAAAGCAUCCUUGGUCAUCAUUGUCUCCUUCCCACCUGGCCCGGAGAUGCUUAAAUCCAAGUUGUUUCUCCAGCUCUCACCUCCCCCAGGAGAUCAGGAUUCCACUGACGUCCUGGGCAGCCAGUGAAUUUAAUUUUCCAUGAGAAACAACAGAGUUAACCUGUGGCAUUAGGAGACCUACUUCAUGUGGACCCUUUUUUUCCUUCAGUUUAACUUUUCUGGAGCAGUGUGCUGCGUAGUUCGGCCUGAGUUUGUGCAGCUUGUUAAGACAACUCUUGUGUACACUAUGUUGAAGCUCAACAAAAAAGUCAUGGGACCACUUCUAGAAAUCUUUCAGCUGUCAGGCCUGUCAGUCUCGUGACAGUUUGUUGGUUGUGCCAAACACUUUAUUUGGGAAAGGAAAGCCCAGAUUUGAAUGGGUCUUUCCCCUGGGCCUUAUCCUAUAGAGGCAUUUGUAAUAUGGAGAAAAUAAUUUUUCAUUUUUGCUCAUUUAAUUCUAUAAGUUCUCUUUAUAAAUGAAUUUUGUGUUCUUUAGUUCUCCUUAGAGGAACUUUUGAAUUAUAAAAAUAAAAUCUUUACCUGUCGAAUUGUUGCUGCAGAUGAUUGUUGUGGAAAAUCUGGAUCAUUGACCUCUGUGCUUUCAUUCCUAGAGAUGUUUUAUAGUUACAUGAGCAAAAGCUGUUGCCCCAAAGUGAUGGCCCUGGAGGCAGGGCUGAGGAACAGGGAAAUGCCGCUGUGAAGUCUUAAAGCACUUCUGCUUAAACUCCACGUGUGAGGAGUGUGCCUCCCUGUGCCCUCUCAGCUCUGAGGCUGGCCGUCUUUCGGGGUGUUCCUUUUGGCAAAUAUACACUGUAAUCUUGAGUCUAAAUUUAUAUGUUGAAAUGCUACCUUUUUUAAAAUAAGAAACUAAAUAAAAUUAUUUUACUAUCA